AUGGAAAAGUAUGUCAAAAUCAAGAAACUUGGGGAAGGAUCAUAUGGGAUUGUCUACGAAGCAUUGAAUAAACUAACCGGUGAAGUGGUGGCGAUCAAGAAACUGAAGAGAAAGUGUAGCUCGAAGGAAGAAUGCAAAAAUCUGAUAGAAGUCAAGGCACUGCGGAAGAUGAAGCAUCCCAAUAUCGUAAAGCUCAAAGAAAUCAACGGAAAAAACGCUGACGUAUUCUUGGUAUUCGAAUGCAUGGAAUGCAGUCUCUACGAUCGUUUGAAAAAUAUCAGAAUGGUGUCUUUUUCUGAAAGCGAGAUCAAAAACUUGUGCUUCCAACUCUUUCAAGGUCUUGCACACAUGCAUGGCAAUGGCUACUUUCAUCGUGACCUCAAACCAGAUAACCUUCUUCUUUCUAAAGAUCAUGGCAUCAUAAAGAUUGCUGAUCUUGGUCAAGCUCGAGAGACAGAUGGGGAACCUCCAUACACCGAUUAUGUCACGACGCGCUGGUAUCGUGCCCCUGAGGUUUUUCUCCGUUCUUCUGUACAUGAUCCUGCGGUUGAUAUGUGGGCAAUGGGUGCAAUCAUGGCGGAGUUAUUCACCCGUCAGCCACUGUUUAAAGGUGAUAAUGGCGGAGAAGUAUUGUACAAGAUUUGCAGUGUGAUCGGAAGUCCAACAGAAAGCAAAUGGAGUUUGGGACUUCAACUUGCAGUUAAUGUGAAUUAUCAGUUCCCAGAUCUUCUUGGUGUGCCUCUUGCGUCCCUGUUACCAUCUGCAAGCAGCGAAGCAUUGUGUCUGAUUGCUACACUUCUUUCUUGGAAUCCAUGUUUGAGGCCGACUGCUAUGGAGGCACUUGAGCAUCCUUUCUUCGAUGAUGUCACACCUCCAAUCCACGUGAACAAAGAUCUACCAUGGAAGCGGGCGUUGUUGAAGCCGGCAAGAAGUUCGAAGAUCUAG